GGUCUGUCAAAGCCUCGCAGUCAGGUAUAAUCCAUACAGCUUGGCACCUGUUUGGAGCAGGGUCUGGUAUUUACUGAGAAAUGCAUGUCAGGCUUCUGCCCUGGGGUACCCCUGCUGCCUUUCCACUUCCUCUGUUGUCAAUGGAUUUGUCUGCUUUACACAAGGGUAUUUCCAAAGCCUGGAUGAACAGGAAUAUCACAGGCUCUGACCUCUCAGGCUAAGAAGCACCGUCUGUAUUUACAGGUAGACCUCGGAAGGUUUUGCCUUGUUGGUGACCAUGUGAGAUCUGAGGUACAAUCCAUGUUGCUGAGCCUGCUAUGCUAUGCUCUUCUAGCAAAGGUCUGUGAUGGGGUAUUGUAUGUACCACCCAAUGGUAUUGUCACUGUUUGAGGAAAGUAAGUCAAGAUACUUCAGUCAGAGCAAGCCUAUCAGAAGCACAGUCCUACCCAGAACCACGCCUGCUGCCUUCUGUGAUCAGACUCUGCUGUUCCUCCAGUAGUAAAUGUUUCAGCUUAUCUGCUGCAUCCACCACAUUUGCACCCGCCUGUGUACAUUUCUGAACUCUAGUGCUUGUUAUCUGGCCUUUUAUGAAAUCAAGGAUUAUACAUUUACCAUACAGUAAAUAUUUUUACGGAUCAAAAUUACAGUGUAGCACAGAUUGCUUAAAAGUGCAGAGCUGAUGCUAUUGCUUCAUUGCUGCCUGCAGACUUCUUUCUGGGCAGCACACACCAGGUUUCUGCAGGAAUGGCCCUGGUGCCUGCUUCUCAUCCGCAAGUCACAGUGACGCUGGUUCUGCUCCUGUCCGUGCUCAGUCUGGCUGCUGGUGGGAAACUGCUGGUGGUGCCCGUAGAUGGGAGUCAUUGGCUCAGCAUGCGGGAAGUGUUGGACGGUCUCAGUGAGAAAGGGCACGAAAUAGUCGUCGUUGCACCAGAAGUCAAUUUACACAUAAAGCCAACAAAGAAUUUUGUCAUGAAAAUGUACCCAGUCCCUUUCGCGCAGGAAGAGAUGGAUGAGAAUUUCCAUGCAUUUUCACAGGAAGCAUUUGAAGAAGGAUCCUUCCUGGAAAGACUUGUUAGAAUAUUUCAACGAUCUAAAAAAACCUCUGCCUUGUUCCUGUCUACAUGUGAAUAUUUACUGUACAACAAAGAACUUAUCAAAUAUCUUGAGGAGAGUAAGUUUGAUGCUCUCUUUACAGAUCCAAUGCUUCCCUGUGGGCAGAUACUGGCUGAGCAUCUUUCAGUCCCUUCUGUGUUUCUUUUACAGCAAAUACCGUGUGGUUUAGAUUUUGAAGCCACUCUGUGUCCUAGACCACAUUCUUAUGUCCCUAGGAUAUUCAGUGGCAAUACAGACCGCAUGAACUUUCUCCAGCGUGUGAAGAAUGUAUUUUUUGACAUUCCAAAUUAUCUCCUCUGCUAUUUUAUGUUUCAACCGUACUCUAAACUGGCUUCUGAGUUCCUUCAGCGGGAUGUGACUGUGUUAGAUCUCUUACGCAAGGCAUCUAUUUGGCUUAUGCGAUUAGACUUUGUAUUCCAUUAUCCAAGGCCAUUGAUGCCAAACAUGGUCAUUAUCGGAGGAAUAACAUGCACUCACAGGAAGCUAACUCAGGUGGGUCACGCUCUAUUUUUUGUUGUUCUUCUCAUAAGCUACUGUUCUCAUUAGAGAACUAUGUAUCACAGAUUGUGUUAGAAAGGUCUUUUUUACUGCCUAAAUAUCUUCAAUCUGCUUUUCAUUUACCAAGAAGCGUGAGUACUUGUUUCAGUGAAGACACUUGAGUAUCACGGUAUAAAAUAGUGUUUUGAACAGACAUAGCUCUUCUGACAUCCGCAUAGAGUUGUGGGGGGUCUGAAUCUAUCAAUUUCGCUCAAAACCACCCUCAAAACAUGUGCCACCAAUUGAAGAAUUCAACUUCUUUCUAGAUCUAGGUGUAAGAAAAGAUGUUGGGAAGGGCAUAAGAUGUUUUGAUAUCUGUGAGAGCACUGUUAAUGGUUACAUGUGAAUCUCCUAGUUUGUUCUUUCACAUUUAUCUUUAAUUAGAGCAUGAAUCUGUGCUUUUGAUCCUUCUCUCACUGUCUGCUGGAUAAAGAAGAACCAGUAGCCUGUGGUAGGUUCUUCUCCUGACUUUCUGCAGCAGCAAGAACCUGUGGUAAUGUUUGUUUUGUGAAUCUCAUCCUCACUGAUCUUAUGGACACUGAUUCUCAUGCUGUGUUUCUGCUUUGUGUCAAUUACCCUUAUGCAUAAAGCUACUUUUAAGGUUCUAAUCUGCAAGUUCUCUUCUGGGAUUUAACUCCAUUACUGGGUUUACACCACCUUGACAGAACCUGCUAGGUCUCAGCU